UUUGUGCUUCAAUGUUUCAGGACAGUCGGCCCAAUAUGUCAAGACCUCUGAUCACUAGAUCCCCUGCAUCUCCACUGAACAACCAAGGCAUUCCUACGCCAGCCCAGCUCACAAAGUCCAAUGCGCCGGUCCACAUCGACGUGGGCGGCCACAUGUACACCAGCAGCCUGGCUACCCUCACCAAAUACCCCGAAUCAAGAAUCGGAAGACUUUUCGAUGGAACGGAACCCAUUGUCUUGGACAGUCUCAAACAGCACUACUUCAUUGACAGAGAUGGACAGAUGUUCAGAUAUAUCUUGAAUUUUCUACGAACAUCAAAACUUCUCAUUCCUGAUGAUUUCAAGGACUACACUUUGUUAUAUGAAGAAGCAAAAUACUUUCAGCUUCAGCCAAUGUUGUUGGAGAUGGAAAGAUGGAAGCAGGACAGAGAAACGGGCCGCUUUUCCAGGCCCUGUGAGUGCCUCGUGGUGCGCGUAGCCCCCGACCUCGGCGAGAGGAUCGCGCUCAGCGGCGACAAGUCCUUGAUAGAAGAAGUGUUCCCCGAGAUCGGCGACGUGAUGUGCAACUCGGUCAACGCCGGCUGGAACCACGACUCGACGCACGUCAUCAGAUUCCCACUGAACGGAUACUGUCACCUCAACUCAGUCCAGGUCCUGGAGAGGCUGCAGCACCGAGGCUUUGAAAUCGUGGGCUCCUGCGGGGGAGGAGUGGACUCGUCCCAGUUCAGCGAAUACAUCCUGCGACGGGAACUGAGACGGACAGCCCGUGUCUCCUCCGUCAUCCGGAUAAAGCAGGAGCCGCUGGACUGAGUGGACAUGUUUCUUAGGCAAACACAGCAACAACAACACAAAAACAUACACAAGAAUUCAUGCAAACGAACAAGGGACAUUUCUGUGCAGUUGGGUCAGCAAACCAAGUCCUGGACGUCACAUUGAAUAAAAGACACAUUUCUAUCGAAUAGAGACCACACCUGUAUUCAUACGGGAACAAUUGGAAUAGCGCUAUCCUCGAGGUGUAAAAAAUAUAUAAAUAUCUAUAUAUGUCAAAAGGUAGGAAAUGCAAACAAGAAGGGUGGUGGCUACAGUCGGUGCUGUGAUGGCCGUGAAGGGUCCUAGGCCCCUGGGGCCUGCUGACCAGUAAACAAGCCAUGACCGGUGAGGACACAUCUCCUGACAGUCCCCAGUGUCAAACAGCCAUCCUGGGUUCCGUUUUCCUUUUCUUUCUUCUAGCCUUUUUUUUUUAAUGGAAAAAAUAAAACCACCCCACCUUGACUGGCAUUGCUUUGCAUCUCAAGAUUUUCUGUCUGUCUUCAGACAGGGGCCUGGCAGACUUCAGGACAACUCCGCUGAGCACAUUGCAUUUGAAAGAUGUUAGCCAUGAAAUUUUAACUGUAGUUUAUACAGAAGUCACGCACUCGUUUGUCUGCCUCCCGGAUGUGAACAUGACUGUUUUUAAACCGAUCGGUUUUGCAAAGGGGCCAGAAUUAUUACUUGUUAGAGUUGCUCCAAGUUUGAGUCUGCUGCUUUCCUACAAUUUUUCAAAUUUUAUAAUGUAUUAAAUACAAUAAACUCUGUUUAAAAAAUAA